GCGGGUCGGAGACGACCGCGGGCAGCAUGCCGUCGUCGGUGCUGAGCGCGUCGACCAAGAAGAGCCACCACCCGGGCAUCGCUGGCUCCGGGGUCCUCGAGAUCAAGCUCAAGCAAAAGCUCGCCCUCGACCCGCAAGCCGUCGUCUACCGCGGCAUGACCGACGAGGUUGUGCCCAAGUCGUCGAUCAAGCGCCAGCACAAACACCGACGCAACCCAAAGGUCAACGUGACGCUCGAGAACCUCGCGCCCGAUCACUCGUUCAAGAAGGAGCGGGGCGAGAUCAUGGAGAAGCUCUCGUUUCCAUCGCCGACGCGCCAGCUCCUCGAGAAGCAAGUCGGUUUGAAAAAGACCAAGCAAAAGCAAGCGACCGACGCCCUGCCACCCGUGGCCGGCGCGUUCAAAAAGCGGCAAAUUCCGCCAUCCAACUUUCCAAGCUCGUACAACCGCGGACACGUCCCGGUGUGUGUCGAGCCGCGCACUGGCGGCAACCACCUCAAGUGGACCAAGCGCAUUGAAGAGAUCGACUACGCAGUCGUCCUGCCGCUCUUCUUUGAAGGCACGCGGGAAAAGGAAGAGCCGUACCACUUCCUCGCCUCGACAGGAACGAUUGAGCUCCUCCAGCACGGCCGUAUGUUCCCGGAGAAGGUCCACGCUUGCCUCCACAAGCUCAUUGCGCCGAUCCGCAUCGCACUGAACACGCGGGACAUGCCGCUGAUUUGCGAGACGCUCAAGAACAUUCAAUUGCUCCUGGAUGUCGAAGGCAUUGGGCCGGCCCUCGUGCCCUACUACCGACAACUGCUGCCAGGACUCAACACGUUCAAGAACAAACGACAUAACCUCGGCGACGCGAUCGACUUUAGCCAGCGACGAGACACGGAUGUCGGCGCGCUCAUCCAAGCGACCCUCGAAAAGAUGGAGCGCAUCGGCGGCCCCGAUGCGUAUGUGAAUAUCAAGUACAUGGUGCCGACGUACGAAGGCAUCAACAACUAACCGCACAACACGACGACAAUUUGUCUA